AUGAGUUUGAAUCUUCUGGAGGAUGUUAAGAAUGAAGUGGAACGGAGUCUGAAGACAGGCAGUCCUCAACAAGUCCUGAGGUCUAAAAAACAGAUAAUGGAGCUAUGUACAUGUACAUGUAUAUCCCUCCAGAGUCCGAGUAAGGCACUGUUAGCUGAUGGUAUCGGAGAGAAUGAUCACUUAACUGAUAACUGGGAUGAUGCUGAAGGAUAUUACAGGGUGCGUAUUGGUGAGCAACUGGACAGACGGUACAUGGUCUAUGGGUACACUGGUCAGGGAGUGUUCAGUAAUGUAGUGAGGGCUAGGGACACCUCAAGAUCAAGUCAAGAAGUAGCCAUUAAGAUAAUCAGGAACAACGAGAUGAUGCACAAGACUGGCAUGGCAGAGUUGGAAAUAUUAAAGAAGUUAAAUGCGACUGAUCCUGAUGACAAGUUCCAUUGCAUUCGAUUAUUCAGUAACUUCUUUCACAAGAAUCACCUCUGCUUGGUAUUUGAAUCCAUGAGUAUGAAUAUUCGUGAGGUGUUAAGGAAGUAUGGUAAGAACAUUGGUCUCCAUAUCAAGGCAGUGAGGUCAUACAGUCAACAGUUGCUGUUAGCAUUGAAGCUGAUGAAGAGAUGCACUAUACUUCAUGCAGACAUCAAACCAGAUAACAUACUGGUGAAUGAGUCCAAGUUGAUGUUAAAGUUGUGUGAUUUUGGAUCAGCAUCAUUCAUACAGGAUAAUGAGAUUACACCUUAUCUUGUGAGCAGGUUCUACAGGGCACCUGAAAUAAGGAAGGGAAUGUUUAGGGAGAAUCAUUUUGAUAGUAGUUUCAACUUCUUGUAUCAUACUGUGGAUAAAGUGACUCAGAAGGAGAAGGUUGUGGUGAUGUCCUCAUUCACUCCUCAGCGUGACCUUCUAGCAGACCUGGUUGGUUCCCAGUCUCCAAGUGAAGCUCACCUAAGGAAGAUUCAUCACUUCAAGGACUUCCUUGAUAAGAUAUUUAUACUUGAUCCAACCAAGAGGCUCAGUAUCAAUCAAGCACUCCAGCAUCCAUUCAUCAUUGAGAAACUAGACUAGUAGUACAUCAAUGUACUGUGUACUGAUAAUGCUAAUAAUAAUAAUAAUAAUGAACUAAUAAUUGUGACUUUUUAAUUUUAGAGUAUUUCCUGGUCUUCUCUCUCUCCUCUCUUCUCUAACGAGGUUGUCUGUCCUUGUCCUAACAGAUAUUAGCUCCUUUUGC